UCAUCAUCAUCAUCCACGGGAGGCGUCAGUGCGCCGUGGCGGAGUCAGCCAACUUGUUUGUCCUCAGCAGACUUUCCCCACAGAACCGCAGCAGCGGCGGCGCGCAGUUUGGAGAGGGGUCUGGAGAGGGGUCGCUCUCCUCCACCUCCACGUCUCAACCCGAACCCAAAGACCCCUCGGAGACCCUCGUCCUUCCCCCUGGAGCAUGGCGCAGACUUCGGGACUGUUGGCGACUCGUGUGUCGUCGUCGUCGUUGUUGUUGGUGCUGCUGCUGCUGGUGGUUCUCUGCUCCGCGGCGGCAGGGACGCGCGGCAGCCGGCAGAGACGCUACUAUGUGGGAAUCGUCGAGGAGGAGUGGGACUAUGCUCCGAGUCGGAAGAAUCUGCUCAACGGCAACGACGUCGAGCGCGAUGAGCAUGCUUCCGUAUUCCUGGAAAGAGGACCCCAACGUAUUGGCAGCAUUUAUAAGAAGGCUAUGUUUCGGCUGUAUACAGAUGCCACAUACAGUGUUCAGGCUCCCAGACCUGAUUGGUUGGGCUUCCUGGGGCCCGUGCUACGAGCCGAGGUGGAUGACGUCAUCGUGGUCCACCUGAAGAACAGUGGGUCCAGGAACUAUUCUAUGCAUCCGCAUGGAGUUUUCUAUGAGAAGAAUACAGAGGGGGCGCUCUAUCCAGAUGGGACAUCUGGCAGGUUGAAGAUGGAUGACGCUGUUCCUCCGGGAGGCAGCUACACCUAUCGCUGGGAGGUCAGGCCAGAGUUUGCCCCCACAGAUGAUGAUGCUAACUGCCUCACCUGGGUUUACCACUCUCACGUGGAUGCUCCCAAGGACAUCUCCUCUGGACUUAUCGGGGCUCUGCUCACCUGCAAGAAAGGAACCUUGAAGGAGAUAAAGCCGGAAUCUGCCACAGCCUCGGCCCGCAGUGAUGUGGACAAGGAUGUCUUCUUGAUGUUCAACGUAGUGGAUGAGAACCUUAGUUGGUACCUGGAGGACAACAUCAAGAAACUCUCCGAUCCAGGGGGAGUGAAACAAGACGAUGACGACUUUAAGGAGUCAAACCUGAUGCACGCUAUUAACGGGUACAUGUUUGGUAACCUGCCCGGGAUUCAAUUGUGCCAGCACCGUGCGGUCGCCUGGCAUUUAUUUGGCAUGGGCAACGAGGUGGACAUCCACUCUGCCUUUUUCCAUGGCAAUACACUGCUAGACCGUGGCCACCGCACUGACGUCCUCAGCCUGUUCCCAGCCACGUUUGCUACCGCUGAGAUGAUCCCGAAAGCAAAAGGAAAGUGGCUGCUGACCUGUCAGGUUAAUGACCACUUGCAGGCUGGGAUGCAGGCCUUUUAUGAAGUGAAGUCAUGUGGCAGUGAGCCCAGCCCCACAGUGACGGGCGGUGUUGUGAGGAAUUACUACCUGGCAGCAGAGAAAGUCCUGUGGCACUAUGCUCCCUCUGAGAAGGAUCUGAUCAACAACGUGUCCCUUACUGAGGCCGACAGUGCAUCAGAGGUGUUUUUUGGCAGAGGUGGUGGAAGGAUCGGAGGUCAAUACCUAAAAGUGAUAUACAGAGAGUACACAGACAAUACCUUCACCAUCAUAAAAUCACCAUUACCCGAUGCUGGACAUUUAGGGAUCCUUGGUCCGGUCCUGAGGGCAGAGGAAGGCGACACUCUCAGAGUGACAUUCAUGAACAAGGCAGAUAGAAAUUACAGCAUUCAGCCUCAUGGCCUGCACUAUGACAAGCUCUCCCAGGGAAGCAGCUAUGAGGACGGUGUUGACAAGCUCGGCUCCCACGUUGGCCCAGGUGAGCAAUUCAACUACACCUGGCAGGUCCUGGAAGGUCCGUCUUCAUCGGAUUCCCCCUGUAUCCCCUACCUGUACUACUCUGCCACUGAUCCUGCCAUGGACACCAACUCUGGGCUCGUGGGACCUCUGCUUGUGUGCAAGAAAGGAACGCUGGGGGAGAGUGGAACUCAGAGAGGUGUGGAUAAGGAGUUCUUCCUUCUUUUUUCUGUGAUGGAUGAAAAUAUGAGCUGGUACCUGGAGGACAAUAUUGAGACAUACGGCAGCAAUGAGACAAAUCCAGAAGAAGAUGACUUUAUGGAGAGCAACAAGAUGCACGCUGUAAAUGGACACAUGUAUGGGAACCUUGCCGGACUGGAGAUGUGUGCCGGAGACAAAGUUUGGUGGUACACCUUCGGGCUCGGCACAGAGGUCGACAUCCAUGGUGUUUAUUUUGAAGGGAACACCUUCAAGAGGCAAAGCACAACACGGGACACCAUCAACCUGUUCCCUCACACCACUGCUGGUGUCACCAUGCAGCCCAACACCCCUGGUGUGUAUGAGGUGAGCUGCAGAGUAACAGACCACUACUCGGCUGGCAUGAGGCAGCAUUACAGAGUCAACUACUGCCCCAGACGCAAAGUGAAGCACACGCGCACACAGACGGAGCCGACCAAGAUCGUGCAGUAUUUUAUCAGUGCUGAAGAAGUAGAGUGGGACUACUCACCAGAGAGAGACUGGGAGCUGGAGAAACACCACACCACAUCGGAGGACAGCCCAGGCAAUAUUUUUGUGGCGAGAGGGACGAACAGAAUUGGCUCGCGCUACAAGAAGGUGGUGUACAGAGAAUACACAGAUGGCACCUUCAGAGUUCAGAAGAAGCGGCAGGCCAAUCAACAGCACCUAGGAAUUAUGGGUCCAAUAAUCAAAGCAGAAGUAGGAGAGCAGAUUGUGAUCGCUUUCAAGAACAAAGCCAGUCGCCAGUACUCCAUUGGUGCACAUGGAGUCAGGGCCAGUGGUGCACACAUUCCUGUCAAACCUGGUCACAUACUCGAGUUGACAUGGGAUGUUCCUAUAAGCUCUGGUCCAGGGGUCUCAGAUCCUAACUGCAUCUCUUACGCCUACUACUCCAACGUUGAUUUCAUUAAGGAUCUGUACAGUGGUCUUCUGGGGCCUCUGGUGAUAUGCAGGCCCGGGACUAUGCAGCGCGGUGAGGGGCCCGACAGACAGAGGGGCGACGUGGAGAAGGAGUUUGCUCUGCUCUUCAUAGUGUACGAUGAAAACCAGUCCUGGUACUUGGACGACAACAUCAGGACAUACCUCGGCGUUGAGCCUGACACCGUCACAAAAGAUGAAGAGUUUGAAGAGAGUAACAAAAUGCACGGGAUCAACGGUAAGCUGUACGGUAACCUCCAUGGACUGGUGAUGAUGCAGGGCCAGAAGGUCGACUGGUAUCUGCUGGGCAUGGGCAACGAAGUGGACAUGCACACCGUUCACUUCCACGCUGAGACUUUUACCUACAAGACAGACCGCGUCCACCGUGCAGACGUCUUUGACCUCUUCCCCGGGACGUUCCAGACUGUGGAGAUGGUGGCUGGGAUCCCAGGGACUUGGUUGCUCCACUGUCACGUGACCGAUCACAUCCACGCUGGCAUGGAGACCACUUUCACCAUCGAAGAAAACUCCUCACACGCACCAGAAAGUGAAGGCUCCAUGAAGACGCUGCUGCUCCUGCUCACACUCGGUCGAAUGGCCGUAGGUGACCAGCUCUGACACUGGACUGUGUCUGUUACCACCGCAAAGCAAUUAACAAGUCCAGGGACAAAAUCACUGUUGCGUAUUGUCAAAAAGAAGUUGAGAUCUCGACCUUAAAUACAUUAGCUACAAAAGGUAUGGACAGUAUAAAUAGUCCAGUUCAUGAUCGAAGUAACACAUAGAGAUACAAGACACACAGUCAGUAUGAAUCAUAAAAGCUGAUUGAAGUAUAUGAAAUGCUAUUAGAAGCUAGGCUGAUUGUUGUUAUGUUGAUUAUAAAAUGAAUGUAUUAACAUUAUGAUGAAUGAUCGAAGAAUGUGAAUAGAGUGUUAAACUCUAAUGUCCAUUUGUCAUGCGAAAUGAGGAAGUCAAGUCCGCUGGAAGAUGGCGAGUGAAAGUUUACGCAGUAUAAAUGGAGCGAAAAGCUCUCUGUGUGUGGGAGGAAGGUACAUCUAUUGGAAAGUGUCAGAGUUUUCUUCAGUCUUUCCGUGUUCACAGUAUAUAAACCAUAACGCGAAAUAGAUCGGGGUUAGUCUACGGAGCUCUUCCUAGGAUACGGAUGGAGGAUGUGAACUGCCAGUUACAAUCUACGGAGAAAAGACUGCGUUGCCAAAGGUUUCAAUAAAUAAUCUGACUGCAGAUAAAGGAAAGAUUGUGGUCACUGAGGUUUUAUACGAUAGUAAAAAGUUUGGAGUUUUGGAAUACAACGUCUUUAAGGUUUUUAUAGGUUGUUCUAGCCAACCAAAGCAACAGAUCCCUGGAACCUUAUUCCUGGUCACUAAUAUUUAUCCUAGCACCUAACAGGAGCCCAGAUCAUCCGAGGAGAGCUACCGUAAACGGACGUAGCAGACAGAGGUAGCCGACGCACAGGGCUGUUCGGCCGGCUGCACUGUCAAGCAGAGGCAGGUUAAACAUUCGGACGUAGGCAGUGAGAAGCUUGGCGAGUCUCCUCACCAGCAGCUUAAUCAGUACAGGGCACUUAUCGGGGUAAUACUCCAUAGGACCUGCACUCGGACCCUUUAAACAGAGAGCUGGACCAGUACCUCCUGUACAGGGGUUACUCGGGAUCUAACAGUAUGUGUUUGCUGGAGGAUAUAUGCACUGUAUGUAAAUAUCAAGGGAUGACUUUACAGCCAUGUCAAAAGUUCAAGAUCGUUGUAUUUCUUAGGGCUAAAAGAAACAUAUUUUUUAUUUUGUGGAUUGUCUCUAUGUCGUUCUGUUUUCUGAUAUGUUGCACUGUGUUUGAGCAAAGCACUGCUAUACCAAAUAUGUUGUUCCAGUUAUGAAUGCACAAUAAAGAAAAAAACAUUGCGAUA